UCGAGCUGUUAACCCGGGUGAAAAUAACGGACGUCUGAUUACGUGCGCACCACAUUUUGAUGUUUUCAUUAUUGGAAAUGUUGUUAGUGCAUUGUUAAAGAUGCGAAUGACAUUCAUUUUGAGCUUGAUAUAUGAUAAUAUGUAUGUAGAGGUUUAAUCAUGCACUAGAAACAGAUCCUAGAAUUAAUCUGUCUUUAAUACUGAAAGAUGGCAUCAGAAAAUGAGGUUAUAACACCAGAAACAAUUGUUAUUGGAGAAAAUGGUUCUAGUGGAAAUACUCUUCGAAAGCGUAAAACAUUAGGUAUCUAUGGGUCUAAUGUCGACCCCCCAAAAGAUGAUGACGUAUUUUACGUAACAGAUGAUCACACGUAUGGAGCAUUUGCUCAGGGAAGAGAUUAUGAACCAAUAUAUAUAACACAUAAGUAUACCGCUAAAGAGAAAGAAACUCUUGCAACCUUUGAAAGUUUGGAUUAUUUACCUUCAAACAGUGAAGUUUAUAAGCAAUGGCUAAAGAGAAAAAGGGUGUCCAGAUUACAAAUGGAUCGUUGGUUUAUGAUGGGUUUGAUUGGAUUUUGUGUUGGAUUAGUUGGCUUUCUCUUACAUCAACUUAUUGAGAUAAUUUCCGAUGUAAAAUGGGAGACAACCUCAGAUUUGUUGGCUGAUAAUAAACAAGGUCUAGCAUGGUUAUUUGCUGUAGGUUUCAGUGUUGUAUUUAUUGUUAGUAGUGCCGCCAUUGUUGUGUUUUGGAGACCAAGUGCUGCAGGAUCUGGUAUCCCUGAAGUAACAGGAUUUUUAAAUGGCACAAAUGUACGUCAUAUAUUCAGUCUACAGACAAUGUUUGUAAAGUUUUUAUCAUGUGUUAUGGCGAUUGGUUGUGGUAUGCCUGUAGGACCAGAGGGACCGAUGAUACAUUUAGGAGGCUUGGUAGGUGCAGGUUUAAGUCAGACAAAAUCUGAAACCCUCAGAAUAAAAAUUCCCAUGUUUGAAAGAUUUAGAAAUUCUGAAGACCGACGUAAUUUUAUAUCCGCUGGAGCAGCAGCCGGUGUGGCAUCUGCUUUUGGAGCACCAGUGGGUGGUUUGUUAUUUUCUAUGGAGGAAGUGUCUUCAUAUUGGACAAUAACUUUAUCAUGGCAGAUCUUCUUCUGCUGUAUGAUAUCAGCCUUCACUACUGACCUCUUUAACUCAGCAUUUAGAGGUUUCAAGUACAGUGGUGAUUUUGGACAAUUUAAAACAGAAAGAUAUAUUUUAUUUAAUAUUAAUAAAGGUGUAGAUGUGAAUAUAUUGAUGUUUAUACCAACUGUUAUUAUUGGUAUAUUAGGAGGAACGCUUGGUGCUUUAUUUACUAUUAUCAAUCUUAAAAUAACCAGAGGUAGGAAAAAACUUCUGGCUAGAAUCAAAAGAAACUGGAUCCAGAAGUCAGUCAGGUUAUUUGAACCAGCAGUAAUCAUGGUCAUAGUGAGUACCGUUUCUUUAUUUCUACCAGCUGCCUUUCCCUGUUCUCCUUAUAGAUGUAUUGAAGGUGAUGAUAGGAAAGUUGUUGAAAAUUGUGUUAAUAGUACAACAAGUUCGUUUCAAGUUGAAAGUGAUGUAAUGCAGUAUACAUGUCCAAAAGGUUUUGAUUGGAAUAAUAAUGGUACAUCGUAUCACACUAAUAGAACGUAUAAUGAAUUGGCAUCUUUAUUAUAUGGUACAACAGAAACUGCAGUACGUCACCUUUUCUCUCGAACAACUCAUCUACAGUUUGGUUAUGCUACAUUGUUUACAGCACUGCCUUAUUUUUUCAUUAUGGUGUGUUGGUCAUCAGGAACAUCUGUUUCUAGUGGUAUACUUGUACCUAUGUUAUUAAUUGGUAGUUUAUAUGGUCGUAUUAUUGGAUUAGUGAUGGUAUCUUUAUUUGGUGUACAGACAGAUAAAGAUAGUUACUGGGUGUGGAUGGAUCCUGGAGCUUUUGCUCUGAUAGGUGCUGCCUCUUUCUUUGGGGGUGUCUCUAGAUUAACCUUAGCUGUUACAGUUAUAAUGAUGGAACUAACAAAUGAUGUACAAGUGUUAUUACCAGUAAUGGUAGCUGUAAUGGUAGGAAAAUGGAGUGGUGAUUUUUUUACCCAUCCUAUAUUUCAUGCUCAUUUAGAAUUGAAGUGUAUACCAUUCCUAGAUCCUGAACCUAGACUAGUAGCAGAAGGGAAGAGUGUACAGUUUGAAUUAUAUCAGACUCAAGAUGUGAUGACAUCACCAGUCAGAACUAUAAAUAUUUGUGAACCUAUAUCGGUACUGUCUGAUCUUCUUCUACACUCGAGUAAUGGUGGAUUCCCUGUUGUUAAAUAUAAUUCUCAUGGUGAACCUGUGUUUUAUGGUAUGAUCACAAGACUAGAAUUAACAGUUUUACUUAUGCAUGAAAAGGUAUUCAUUGAAACAGAGGAGGAGAUUGAUGAAAGAGAAGCUGAUGUCACUUUAGUAGGAUAUGAAAAGUUAAUGGUCGAUAAACUGGUAAAUCCACAAGAAGUUUCCCAUUUACUCAAUCAAUAUAUAGAUGAAGAUAAAUACAAAAACCUUAAAAUUAAUCUUAAACCGUACAUUAACACAUCUGCUUUUAGCAUUCCAAAAACAUUUUCUCUACAACGAGCUUACAUAUUGUUCCGUACUAUGGGUCUUCGACAUCUAACUGUAGUGGAUGAUGAAAACCAUGUUGUGGGUAUAAUAACCAGAAAAGAUUUAAUGGGAUUUAACUUGAAUGAAAAACUGUCUGGUUUAUUAUUUGAGGAGUUGGAGAAAAACAGUCGAGUGGCUGAGAUGACUUCCCCAGCAGCUGCUACUAUUUAACAUAUAAUUAGUCAGCCAUAGAUGCACAACUGACAAGAUAGUGUGAUAUAUAUUUUAUUUUCUUAUUUCAACUUGUUAAAUUCUUUUGUAUUUUAAUACUUUGUUAUUGAAAGUAACCCAGGUUGUUUUGUUAUAGAAAUGUAUAUAGUAAUACUCAAUUUUUUUACAAAAUGCUCAAUUUAUUCUUAUUUGCUUUGCAUAAGUGUAUAUAUACGCCUAAGAUGAAUAAAGUCAAAAGUGAAAAUCGUCAAAUUAUUUUAAUACUGUACGCCUAAAGGUUCAAUAUUAUGCCAAAAUAAAGGUUACAACAAAGACCAUUUCAAAUAAUGAAAUGUAAUUUACUUUUAUUAAAAAACAAUUUUGAAUUGAUCAAUUUCAAAUUAAUUUAUGGCCAUUUAAGUUCACAUUGGUUUCUAUUGUUUUCUGCUGGUAUUUUUUACAAACCAGUUUAACUACAUAAUAACACGGUCUUUGCAUUAAAGUUGUGCAUAGUUUUUUACUUUUGAUAUAUAUGUUAAUAAUCACGCUUGUUGUGCCUUUAAUUAAUGGCAUCUCAUGACCAGAAAAAAUAUUUUCUUUUUCAUUUAGUAUAGUGAAUAUUCAUGAAGUAUAAUAAAAUAUGUAUGGAAUAUAGUCUGUCCAGAGAAUUCAGUAGAUAUAUAUAUAAUAUGUAUUUGUUCACUGUAUCGCAUAAAUGUCAGUUCAAAAUUUUUAAAUCAACAGUAAGGAAAUUGUGAAUGAAAUUCAUUGUAUUUUGUUCUGUUUAUUGUUUCUUAUUAUUUUGUCUUUAUUUAUCAACUCAUGUUCUUUAUUGUAGUAAUUAUAAACUUAAAUUGAUUCUUUCACAGUUCCCAACUCUAGGAUGAAAUGACCUAAAAAUAGUCACCUUUAUGCUACCAAUGUUAGACAUCAUUCUCAGUGAUAUCAUAUUGUCAUGUGACAUCAGUUUUAUUCCAAUAAAUUUUAACACCGUAACUCAAGCCUAGUUAAAUCCUAGAUGUUUGAACAACCCUAGGGUCACAUGUACAGGCAAACCUCCCUUGACUAAAAUUAGAAUGAUGGCACAUGUAAUGGUCAGUUGGCCAAACAAAUUCACCAUCUUGUACAUGUAUAUAUGAACUUCCUAUCUAAGUCUUCAUAUUAUAAUUUGUGUUCCUUUAUUAAAGUGUGUUCCUUUUGUUUUGUGAUCAUAUAGAUGUAUACAUAAUAGAUCAAAUUGUGUUCAUUAUUAUGUUAAUUUUAUACGAUAUUUGAGCAACUUUUGUUUUAAAAUAAUGUUUUUAACGGCAGGCUUUUAUCCAUGUCCCAGUAAUUAUAUAUGCAGCUGUUAUUUGUCAAUAUAUUUACAAGGAAAUCAAUCGUGUAGUCCCAAAAUAAGGAAGUCUUAUUGUGUGUAAAUAAAAUGUAAAAUUUUUAUGAAAUACUGUCAAGAUUUCCUCAAUUUAAUGCAAUCUGAUUCAAAUACUGAUCUAUGUUUCAUUUCGUUUUCAUUUUAUACUUUCGAUGGCCUCCACUUCAUUAGUGAAGACAAGCAAAAUGGAACUUUUGAACUACAAAAAACGGAACUGAAAUAGAAUCUGUGUUCUAAUCAGAUUGUUUAUAAUGCAACUGAUAUUUGUAUAGUAUAUGAUUCGGUAGCUUAGCUUACAAGUUUAUAAUUAGUUAUGGUAUUUUGUAUAAUGUAUGUCAGAAUAUAUUUAAUAUCAUUGAUUAAAAAAUUACUGAUAAAUUUUACCAUCA